AGCAAAGAGAUCAAAUCACUAAAGCAUCGAAGCAUGGAUAUCUCUCGCAAACGAGAUACUUAUGGUAUUAGAGAUAUCAAUAAUGCAGGAGAAGGGUCAAGUAAUCUCCCAAACAAUCAGCAUGACUUGAUUAGAACAUUGAGGAGAACUACCUCAUAUGUAGAUGAGGAUCACAUUUUUGUUGGCUUUCAGGAUGUUGUACAAACAUUGCUAGCUGAACUUCUCAAGCCUCACAGAAGUGUCAUCUCCAUUUAUGGUAUGGGCGGAUCAGGCAAGACAACUCUUGCGAGAAACCUAUACAUCAGUUCUACUAUAGUCUCUAGCUUCCCUACACGUGCUUGGAUAUGUGUUUCUCAAGAGUACAGCACCAUGGAUCUCCUUAGGAAUAUCAUAAAAUCCAUCCAAGGUUGCACCAAGGAAACUCUAGAUUUGUUGGAAAAGAUGACAGAGAUCGAUCUAGAAAUUUACCUUCGUGAUCUUUUAAAAGAACCCAAAUACCUUGUGGUGGUCGAUGAUUUAUGGCAUAGAGAAGCAUGGGAAAGUUUGAAACGGGCAUUUCCAGAUAGCAAGAAGGCAGCAGAGUUAUUAUUACUACACGCAAAGAGGAUGUCGCUGAAAGAGCAGAUAACAAAGGUUUUGUCUAUAGACUUCGCUUCCUGAGCCAAGAAGAAAGUUGGGAUCUCUUUUGUAGGAAACUACUUGAUGUUCGGGCAAUGGUCUCAGCAAUGGAAAGGCUAGCAAAGGAAAUGGUGGACAAGUGUGGAGGUUUACCUCUUGCAGUUGUUGUAUUAAGCGGACUACUUUCACAUAAAAGGGGGCUAGAAGAAUGGGAAAAGGUGAAGUACCACCUUUGGCAAAACAUUGAAGACGACUCUAUUGAAGUCUCCUGCAUACUAUCAUUGAGCUACAACGAUUUGCCAACUGUGCUCAAGCAGUGUUUCCUGUACUUGGUAUUUUUCCAGAAGAUCAUGUGGUCCAUGUUGAUCACAUAUUAUGGUUGUGGAUGGCUGAAGGGUUUGUACCAACAGGAAAAGAAAUGAUGGAGGAUGUUGCUGAAGGCUUCUUGAAUGAGUUGAUAAGACGAAGCUUGAUACAAGUGGUACACACAUUUUGUGAAAAAGUUGGUAAAUGUAGGAUUCAUGAUCUGCUUCGCGAU